CAGCGCUCGGAGAAGUUAGCAAGUCGGGUGCCAGUCUGGUCCGUAGCCACGAUGGAUGCAAUACCAUUCCUUCUGCUCGUCCUCCUGUUCGGGACAAGGAUACAAGAAAACACCGCCCUCCAGUGUUACUGCGACCGCUGCAGCGCCAACUCCAGCUGCACCACCGAUGGCGUCUGCUUCGUCUCCAUCCGCCAGUCGGGCAGCCGGCAGACCACCGACCAGCGGCAGUGCGUGCACGAGAGCGAGCUGAUCCCGCGGGACCGGCCCUUCAUCUGCGCCCAGUCCGUCAAGCUGGACAGCGGCAUCUACCCCAUGUGCUGCACCACCGACUUCUGCAACAAGGACCCCGACCUCAGCACCAUCCCCAUACCCCCUACGAAGAACCCCUCCCUGGGCCCCGUGGCGCUCGCCGCCGUCAUCGCCGGCCCCGUGUGCGUGCUCUGCCUGCUGCUGGUGCUGGCCUUCUGCGUCUGCCACAGCCACCGGGGCCUGGGGGCCGGCGGCGCCGGGGCCCACCACCACCACCACCACCGGGUGCCCAACGAGGAGGACCCCUCCAUGGACCACCCCUUCAUCACCGUGGGAACCACGCUGAAGGACCUGAUCUACGACAUGACCACGUCUGGCUCCGGCUCCGGGCUGCCGCUGCUCGUCCAGCGCACCAUCGCCCGAACCAUCAUCCUCCAGGAGAGCAUCGGCAAGGGCCGCUUCGGCGAGGUGUGGCGCGGCAAGUGGCGCGGCGAGGAGGUGGCGGUGAAGAUCUUCUCCUCGCGCGAGGAGCGCUCCUGGUUCCGGGAGGCGGAGAUCUACCAGACGGUGAUGCUGAGGCACGAGAACAUCCUGGGGUUCAUCGCCGCCGACAACAAAGAUAACGGGACGUGGACGCAGCUGUGGCUGGUGUCGGAUUACCACGAGCACGGCUCCCUGUUCGACUACCUGAACCGCUACACCGUCACCGUGGAGGGCAUGAUCAAGCUGUCGCUGUCCACCGCCAGCGGCCUGGCCCACCUGCACAUGGAGAUCGUCGGCACGCAAGGGAAGCCGGCCAUCGCCCACAGAGACCUGAAGUCCAAGAACAUCCUGGUGAAGAAGAACGGGACGUGCUGCAUCGCCGACCUGGGCCUGGCCGUCCGUCACGACUCCGCCACCGACACCAUCGACAUCGCCCCCAACCACAGAGUGGGAACCAAAAGGUACAUGGCUCCAGAGGUCCUAGACGACUCCAUAAACAUGAAACACUUCGAGUCUUUCAAGCGAGCGGACAUCUACGCCAUGGGCCUGGUCUUCUGGGAGAUCGCCAGCCGCUGCUCCAUGGGAGGCAUCCAUGAGGACUACCAGCUGCCCUACUACGACCUGGUCCAGUCCGACCCGUCGGUGGAGGAGAUGAGGAAGGUGGUGUGUGAGCAGAAGCUCCGGCCCAACAUUCCCAACCGCUGGCAGAGCUGUGAGGCCUUACGGGUGAUGGCGAAGAUCAUGAGGGAGUGCUGGUAUGCUAACGGCGCCGCCCGGCUCACCGCUCUGCGGAUCAAGAAAACGCUGUCUCAGCUCAGCCAGCAAGAGGGAAUCAAGAUGUAGACACACACACAAACGCACACACAUACACACACACACGCGCAAACACACACACACACACAAACCUCUGACUGGCAUUCAUAUCAUUAGCAUUACUAUCUUUCUCAGUUGUGCCUCGCCCUUUGGUUUGGAAGGGGAGUGAAGACUUUAUCACUUUUUCUUUUUGCUUUUUUUUUUUGUUUCCAUUUCAAACUGAGUCCACCCGAUCCCCAGGAUUCAAGUGUGCGUGUGUGUGUGUGUGUGUGUGUGUGUGUGUGUGUUGACACAUGGGUGUGAGCACCUGAUGCAUCAGAUGAAGGAUUUGGAGGCUUUACCGAACGCCUCCACUCAUUAUCCUCCACCUUCCUGCUAUUGCAUUCAUCACAUUUCAAGUCACCGCUGCCACACACACACACACACACACACACACACACACACACACACACACACACACACACACACACACACACACACACACACACACUGGGGAGGGCUCUGAGCUGCCGGAUCUCCUCACAUCUCCAUCAUCAGCGUAUUAGAUCCCACAGCAGGGCUGCAAGCUGCCGACUCGCUCACACUCUCUGAGGAGUGUGUCAUUCAAACACACACAGCUCUGGACCCUGAACGCACCACCGUUCCACAUCCCCGCGCCGCAGCGAGGAACGAGGAACUUCACGUGGUUAACGGAGGGAAAGAAACGAUCCUCACUGCCAUGAACUGCUGGCUUGUUUUAGUGGUGUGAAGUUUUCCCUCAUCGGAUCCAAUCGGAGUUUAAACUACCAUAAAGUCUGUUUAAUUUAUUAUCUUGACAAAACUUACAGGAACUGAGGAUAUAGAGGGAGAAUUCGGUGUGAUGUUUUGUGUUUCCUGCUGGUGUAAAAACAGUGAAAGCCUCAUUUCAGCAUCAGAUUCUCCCUGUACGCUGAUGAUGGUCCGUUCUCAGUGUUCCUCCUCCUCCUGCAGUUCAGGCCCUCGGCUCCAUCAGCAGGGUUUUCUCCUCCGUUCAGAGGUUUGCAGCCCUGCGUCAGGGAUGUUUCCGUAGCUCCGCCCCCUUCAUCAGCAGAACAUUUCAUCUCUGCUGCUCCUCACCUGCUACUAUCUCCAGUUUUUAAUUUAUUGUCUUUUUAUUAAACUGGACACGGUGACCUCAUUCAUGCUGCAGCAUAUGCAAUAUACAGUAGAAGAAGAAGAAGAUGAGAAAAAAGAAAGUCUAUUUUCGAUACUCUGCUCUGCUAAAACCGCAAACGGCAACGGACGACUCCACCGACGAUCAGCCGCCACCAUCUGCCUUCAACCAGCCGGAGCCGGGGAGCGCCGGUGCUUCAAGACCUCGUCUCGCGUCGGCCGCUGCGCUGCUUUCAGUGUGUGUGUGUCGGCGCCACACAGCAGGCUCGUACUAUGCACACGCACACACACACACGGCGUACAGCAGUAAGCCAGCCGACGCUCUGGUGCCAUGAUAUCACCCGAACCCCCCCGGACCGCACCACAACACUUAGCCCCCCCCCCCCCCCCCCCCCCCCGCCUGGAACCCCAUCCCUCCUCCAAACCUCCGUGAACUUCCUCGGCAGCAUCUCAUCACACCAGCUACUUGCCCUGAACCCACCCCCCCCCCCCCCCCCCCCCCAAAAAAAAAAAAAAAAAAGACUUUUUAUCAACGACUUCAACUGAGAUCUCUUUUUUUCUGUUAUUUUUCUUCUUCUCUUUAGGAUAAUCAACCAACAAACCAACGAAAAAGCAGUGAGGUCUUCAUUUAAAUAUAGCAAACAGAUAUUUACUAAGCCAUAGGUUUUCCAGGUUACACCUUUCUUUAUCUUUCUGUUUUCUUUUCGUCCGUUUUGUUUGGUUUGAGUCUUUUUCUACUAGAAUGUACAUUUGCAAAAAACCAGACAACAACAUGAUGCGUAACAUUUCAGCUUAGCAAGCCUUAAGGGACCAACGCAUAAGAGUCAGGAUCUGCUCUUAUUCUGUCAAUAUUUUUAUUGUUGUUUUUCUUAAUGGAAAAAAAAGAUGAAUAUAUAUAAUUGGUUACUAUGAUUAAAAAGUAUUGUCAUUAUUCUAUGUAUAAAUCUAUCUAUACAUAUAUAUCUUUAUAUAUGUAGCAUCUGAUUUAACAGUUUGUUUCCAGUGUUUGUCCUGUUGGUAAAACUGCCUCACAUCCAAACUUCGCUUUUCCAUCAAACGUUAAAGAAAAUUCUUUAAAAAUUAAGUUCCUUAAUGGAAGAAAGACUAAAAUAAUCUUUGACGGACUCUUUUUUGUUAUGUUCUCCGGUUCUUGUUUCUGCUGAUUUCUCAUCCGUUGAGGUAACUGAUUUUUUUUUUUUUUUUUUUUUUGACGUUUUUCCUCAACAUUUGACAUUUUCAGGCACAUUCAGUCUUAAUUUUUACAAACUGCUUCAAAUUCUGUCGAUCUGAAACCAACGUGAAGGAUUUUAAAGCGACUCCGUCAAAGAUUAUUUUCCGUUCGCUCAUCUUCUAAAGCCUGCGGCGUCUCUGCAAUUGCAGCGUCGGAACCUUCAAAUCGAGAGAUUUUGCACCCUGGAGGGUCGACCGAGGUCCUCGCGUUCCGAUCCAGACGCCGACGGGUGAAACUGAAGUGCACUUCUGUACCGCGGAGGAGUUUCCCUGUGGGGCAGUCCAGCCCGUCGGUCUCCUCUCUCCUUUGGUUUUGGUUUGGUUUGUUUCCUUGAUGGACUCAUGAUGUAUUGAUGUGCUGCUACUUCGUCGUCCGCCCGGCUCUCGGAGUCCCGGCGCUGCCGUUGGAUGUAAAUACCGUCAGAUCGCCCCAAUCUGAUCGUUCUCGUGCCAUGUUUUGCUCCGACGCAAAAAUCCACCUCGCCCUCACUGGGGAAGCGGUCCUUCCUCUCACCUCGCCUUUGGCCGAACGCCACCUUGUCGCCAGAGCGGCGAACUCCCCCCCCACUCAGUUGGAAAUGCACUGAGGGACCUUUUGGUGAGUGUGGGAGAAGCAGCAGUCUGUUCAGAGAAAAGAGCUCAUUGGUGUUUAGAAGCGCCGCUGUCGAAGCCCCCGUAGCAACCCAGGUCCUCAGAUUGGGGUUUUUUUUUUUUUUUUGGAGCAUCGUAAAUCGGUGCUAAUGCACUGCUUCCCAGGAAAUUACUUCCAGUUACAGGAGCUCUCCAACAGUAAUAUCCUCUCUCUAACAGUCCGUUCUCAAAGGUUCUGACACGAGUUGAUUAACCGUGAUGAACUGCCCAAACUGAAAAUGUCAUUACCGCUCCUCGACCGAACAAACAGCAGCUCGGCUGGCACAGCGCUCGGAUCCCCACUCAAGGUCUGCCGCCUCGUGUCUCUUCAGCUUUUUGACUCAUCGGCGAACCAUUUAUCUCAAUGGAAAGCCUUCGUAUGUAAAUAUAUGAAGGAUCUGUACAGAGUUAUUUAGCAGACAGGCCUUGAUGAGGAAAGCACUCAAGACUAAUACGAACCGACACAUCGAUUUAACAUUUAUCUGUGACUCGUGUGCCACAAAGGCGCCUGAUAAGAAUCAAUUUGGACUAACGGGUCCUUUUAACGGUGAGAGGAAAAGAUGGAACCGAUCGGUUCAGUUUGAAUCUGCCAAAGAACCUCUCACUGUUUUUAAAGCUCCAUUUAAGAGCUUAACACACUCAACUAACAAGCUGAGAAGGUAAUCAUCACUAAAUUAAAUCUCUGAGGAGUUCAGAUUAAAAGAUUCUGCUUUGUUUUGGCAUUGGGUAGAGCUUAAUAUUACCCAGGUUCCUUACGUAGCUGUGGACGGGAAGAGCUCCAUCAUGACCGGGAACCAGUGAAACCCUUGUAGUGAUCCUAGCGCCACACCUGAGAAGACAGAAAAACCAUCCUUGAGGUUCAGUGUCCUUUAAACAGCUUGUCGUCCACAGAGCCAAAAAUCACCACAACACUAUUUUUAACUUGACCUUGAGUGGAGAUUACCAACAGAGCUGGCCGUGCCUGUGGAAAAAAUUCAAUAAAAUGUAGUGAAUUCAAAUAAAAAUGUCCCAGAAGCUUUAAAAACUCGACCAAACACUUUGCUUGAGACAUAUCCCUUUUUCUAUUCCACCUCCCAGGUCCGUUGCUGCGGGGUUUUCACAGUUCCGCCCUCGUUCUUUAAAGAAAAAUCAAGUUUUAUUCUCAAAGUUUGGUGAAUUGUAGACGAGACGUGGUGCAGCCGCCUGUCCUGAAAUGUUUUUGUGAAUGAAGUAUUCGUCAGGAGUGACUUGUAAAUAUCUUGUGGAGUAAAUGGAAGGAGAAAACUAUCGUGAUGUUUGGAGAAAGUGAAUCGGAUUUCGCUGCUAUAAUAAAUAUGAGACGAAUUUAAAACAAAAAAAAAAAAAGAGAGAGGGGGUAACAGACUAUGCUGAACUCAAUGUUCAAUAUGUGCAAAAGUGGUCAAACAAGUCGGGCCAACCGGGGCCAAGGAUUCAUCUCUCUAAGCCAUGUGGGGUCAGGGUGGCGGUGUUCUCAGAGUAUCCCUUUAAGCGAGCCCUGCCGGGCCUCCGGGUGGGAUCCACGUGUACAGUGUAUGUAUUCCAUUAGCGACGUCAUUCUCUGGGACAUCAGCAACCGCAAAAGCUCAACUCAACAGCACCUCUGGUAUGCCUCUACUCUACAACCUUCAUUCUGUCUUAAAGUCACCAGCAGCCUUCUACUUUCUUUUUUUUUUUUCUUUCAAAACCCAAGAUGACUUAAACUGUAAAAAGACACGUUUUGCACCCAGCUGUUUGGCUCCCGUGCUCUUUAUACGAAGAAAACCUGUCCGUCGUCGACUCUUUCUUGCCUUUCUAUCUUGUCAUUCCAUGUUCUCUGACUUAACAUCUCCUCGCUACGAGGGCCACGCUUCACUGCAGCCGCUUUACCCACAAACCCCCGCUCCGGGUUCGCCUCCCCGCGUCCGCCGGGCCCGUCUUCAGUUCCCGGUGUCCGUCCGUCGCAGGGCCGGAGCUCGGUACGAAGGUGGAAAGCACCCGACGCUUUGAGGCGCUCGUGACGUUGAGACCACCUUGAGACAUUUUCCUCGGAAACAAAGAUUGAAGAAAAUAUUGGUGUAUUUGGAAAAAUUUAUUGAUCCGUUCCGCUUCCUGCUUUAUCGAUCAGGCAAGGACUUACCGAAGACUUCACCACGUCCAGGUGUCUCACCUGUCAGCUCUGAACCAUCCACCUUCUGUAGCUACAGCUGUACAGCUUUGCGUCUUACACCUGCAAUUUCUUUGAUUUAUUCAACAAAAAAAUCAAAUUCGAUGAACCAAAAUGAGCCAAAAACCAAAACGUUCACUCCAGAUUGGCCCUGUAAUCAAUUUCUGGUCUUCCCCGAUCAACGUUUGGCGUCUCAUCUAAACGCUCGUCACCCUGCUGGGUACUUGAAUCGACAAUGCUUUAACAGCCAGAACAACAAACGUGACGCUCGACGGUGGAGUCUGACUGUCUCCAGAGAGAGACUGUCUCAUGGUGUCUCCAUUCGUCACUCCAGGCUUCUUCUUCUGUUCGCUGGAGGUCGUCCAUCCUCCGCCUGUAUCGGACCUGUGAAUCGACCCUUAACAGGAGCGUAGAAGAAGAACCCGCCGUGCCUCUGCUCUCAGCGCCCCGCCUUGCCUUUCCUCUCCUGUAGCGUGAAGGAGAGGAAGGUAAGAAGCCAUGGAAGGUUCGCCGGGGAAUUCGGACUGGCGACCCGAACCCGGUGCCGUCUGGACCGGUCGUAUAUGCAGCAGUGCUCCACCUCCUACGGUACAUCAGCAUCUCGUUUCCCGUGGGUGCCGACGCAGGGUCAAAACAGGGAGCCAACCUGAACUAUGCCAGCAGCGCCGACCCGUCGCCCGCCGCCGUGAAUGUAUCGGCCCUCUCGGAGUCCCGCGGCCAAUCCCGGCACAGCCGGCGCACCUCAGCCCAAAGACCGCGGCGGCCAGUCGGCGAGCCGCGGGCGUCCCACACACGGGUCCGUCGUUUUCUUUUUUUUUUUAUGCAACGUGUGGAGUCACUGGCGUCCGCCCGUCGGUCACGCCGGUCCAACGACCCGUCUGCGUCGGGGGCGGAGCACCGGGGGGUCGGGGCGGCGCUGCAGUGAGGCCCCCGUGGCGUCCAGGGUAGCAGAAAGCUUUAUCACGUUUUAUUUGGUGCCUAAGUUUGACAAGACUUUCUUUGACUUUUCACCUCGAACGACAGGACUGCAUGUGAUUGUGUCUGCAUUACCUGCUUUAUAGACGCCAUCCAAAAGCUGAAGCAUAUAGUAAUCGAGAUACUAAAAAGGUCACUUAAUCAAAAAGAAAAAUACCUCCUUUGAAAGACCAAUGUGUUUUACCUCACUGUAUAUAUAUAUUCUUGAUUUGUUUACUCCAAUUUAUCUUUCUCUUUUGUUUCUAUGAAAUGCUU